GCACACACACGCGCAGGACCCGCGCGCUCUCGCUCCUCCAGCCAGCUCCAGUCAGUGAGAGUUUGACCAUCAGCGGGUUUCUGGACUCCAGCGCUUUUCUUCCUCCUGCUUUUGUUUCUUCUGAUUCUCCUGAAAGUUCGUCCACUGUGGAGAAAAUGCUGGUGUGCGUGUCUCUGCUGAUAUUAAUACACAGUGUUCCUGUGGUCCCCGUCACAGUCAGCAGCCGCAAUCCUAAAGUGGAGGUGCACGAGUUCUCAGACGCAGAGCUCUCCUGCGAGUUCAAGACUGAAAAAGACACAAACCCUCGCAUCGAGUGGAAGAGGAAAGACAAGGAAAAAGACGUGUCCUUCGUUUACUAUGGAGAACGAUUCGUAGGGCCGUUCCAGGAUCGUGCAGAUAUUGCAGGAGCGACGGUGCGGCUGCGCAGGGUCACUCAGGCGGAUGCGGGCGAAUAUCGUUGUGAGGUCAGCGCUCCGAGUGACUCCAUCUCAUUGGGAGAAACCAACGUCACUCUGAGAGUUCUGGUUCCUCCUCAGACUCCCUCAUGUGACGUGCCUAGCUCUGCUCUGACGGGCUCUCAGGUGGAGCUGCGCUGUAGAGACCGACACAGCAUCCCACCCGCCGUCUACACCUGGUACAAAGACAACCGCGCACUGCCCAUUCGGCAUCCCAACGCCACAUACACCGUCAAUGAGUUCACCGGUGUACUGAUGUUUCAGACGGUGAGCCGCUCAGAUGCAGGUCAGUAUCACUGCGAGGCCAAAAACGGAGUCGGACCCCCCAAGAGCUGCCAGCACACACACAUGCAGAUCGAUGACCUGAACGUGGCGGCGGUGGUCUCAGCUGUGGUUCUGGUGUGUGUGAUCCUCGUCCUCUGUGCGUUUGGAGUGUGUUUGGCUCAUCGACAGGGAUAUUUCAGCCGACACAGAGGAAGGUCAUUCUGGAUCCCUCAUUGUCACGGCGUCACACACAUCAGCAGCCAGAAUCUGAACCCAAGCGAACACACUCAGCAUUCAGGAUACAGUCACCCUCCGAAGGAACCUCAGGAUUUCAAGCACACGCAGUCCUUCAUGCUGUGAUUGAUUAUUGGAGAUUAUUGGAUCAGCAGCGCCUUUAAACCAGUCUGACACACACGCACACACACACGCCGUGCCUUUAUUUCUGCUCAAUCAUGUCUGUAUCUACUGAGUGUGAGGAUGGAAAUCAGCAGUUAUUGUAUAUUUUAAUCAGUUUUCUUCUUUUGUUUUUUAAUAAAACUCUUUUGUCCCCG